AUGGAUUUGGUGGCCCUCCUUGGUCCGGAAAUUGUUAUCAUCACAUCUCCUGGACUUUGUAAGCCAGCCAAUGGAUUCUGUGAUAGGCCUACAUCUGCAGAUUCCACCUCUGCUAGUGGCACUUCUUCAGGGAUUUAUAUUGCUUCAGAUCCUGUGUCAGAGCAUAAUUCCUUAACGAUAUCUUCUAAUGCACCAUCUCCGCAAAGUUCAGAAUCCAAUAAAAGCUCUAAGGAGUUCAAGCUCAAUCCUGGUGCCAAGGUUUUUUGUCCCUCUUUUGCGAGUUCUGUGGCAGCACCUUCUCCAGCAGUACUGACACUUGGUGGAAUGUCUUACAUGCCAAGCAGCUCCCCCAUAUUACCUUUUCCUGCUCCUCAACCUGAAGUCAACAUUGGUCCUUUUGCACCUCGACCUUCUGUCCCUGCUAAGAUUACUCCAUAUACUAACUUGAUAGCUGGAAAUGGGGGCAACAACUCACAAUUUUCACAGCCUAUUGUUGGUCACAUGGGAAGCCGGACUCUACCACUUAGAUAUGUUGGUCAGUAUCACAUUAUACCUACUGGACCUGCAUAUGUGCCUCCAAAUUCUCCACCCGUAAGGAAAAUGCAAAUCUCCUCUAGCAUGGCGUUCCUUUUCUUGAUAACUCUUAUGGUUGGACGGUUGGUUCAGCAGCUUGUCUACGGGCAGCCAGUUGCCCUUUUUCUUGAUGUAUCCUCACCCUACCACUAUCCCAGAACAUUUGCAUUUAGUUCUCACCGUUUUCAUGUUGCAAAAGGAUUUACUUCAGAGCAUAGGAGGUAUGUCACAAAUGCAGUGCGACCCUUGAUUGGUCCUCACCAGGUUCCAUAUCCUAAGCACCAAGGUAUGGAUAUCUGCAUUUUGAACACCAGUGUUUAUGACUGA